UUGGCCCGCAGCUUCCUCUUUCGAAGUCGCCUGCAUCACGAGCGGAAGGACGGAAGGAAAGAGCGAGCCAGCCCCAAUGCCGUCAUUCGGAAGGAGCUGCUGAGGCAGGAACUCGACACCACACCAUAUGAACGUACCUUCUUUGUCUACGCGCUGAGACCGAUGCAAUUGGCGCAACACUGGCAACUUGUCCAGGAUUGAUGAAAAAAGAGAUGAACGAGAUGAAUGAAGGAAGCACCAAUAGUCAAUGAAACCUCCACUGUCUGGAAACGUGCCUCAUAUGGUGGCCCUCGUCCCGUAUUUAGGGGGGAACCGCGGCCGGGCGGGUACUCCCGCUAGGUCUGCCGCCCACAUUCACAACGUAUCCGAUCUAUACAAAGCCAGCUCCGCCAUUUAACCACCCCUCUCUGUCCACUUCCCGCCCCUCUCUGACUCGUCCAUAGCUGUCAAGCAUUUCAAGAUGGAUUGGAACGACCUGAAGAAUCAAGUCAGCAACUUGACGCUGUACGACGUUAAAGCGGGAGUCCGCAAAGUCCAAAAUGCCGUCAUGAAUUACACAGAGAUGGAGGCCAAGGUGCGCGAGGCCACGAACAACGAACCCUGGGGUGCCUCCUCCACCCUGAUGCAAGAAAUCGCGAGUGGCACCUUCAACUACCAACUGCUCAACGAGAUCAUGCCGAUGAUUUACAAACGCUUUACCGAAAAGUCCGCCGAAGAGUGGCGCCAGAUCUACAAAGCGCUCCAGCUUAUGGAAUUCCUCAUCAAGAACGGAUCGGAGCGAGUCAUCGACGACGCUCGCUCGCACCUCAGUCUUCUCAAGAUGCUGAAGCAAUUCCACUACAUCGACCAGAAUGGCAAGGAUCAGGGCCUGAACGUCCGGAACAGGAGUAAAGAGCUGGUGGACCUGUUGAGCGAUGUCGAAAGGAUCCGAUCGGAGAGGAAGAAGUCGAGGACGACGAGGAAUAAAUAUGGAGGCGUGGAAGGUGGGAUUGGAGCAAGCAGCGGCUCGAGCGGCCGCUAUGGCGGCUUCGGCAGCGAGAGUGCAGAAUACGGCGCUUCCAGCUACGGUGGCACGAGCCGAGCGGUUUACGGAGAUGGUGGAGGCUUCGGUGGAGAGGGCCAGGACGAGUAUGAGGAAUCGGGGCGAACAGGUGGCGCUGAUCGAUUCGAGGAGUACGAUGAGUUUGACGACGGCGGUGCACAAGCCCAACCAACUCGACGGAAACCCGGGGCUAGUACACGACGGACUUCAGGGACGAGCGCGAAGAAGCCGAAAGCUGCUGCGCCAAAAGAGCCAGAAGUCGACCUUUUUGACUUUGGGGAUGAGCCUGCUUCGGCUCCAUCCAACGGCACCUCGUCCACGAUCCUCGCAGCGCCUCCAUCCAGCGUGCCGGCUGGCGACGAUGACGACUUUGACGACUUUCAAUCCGCUACUCCGUCCGGGACAACCGCUACACCGGCUGUUGCAGCACCGCCAUCCAUCUCGCAACCCAACUACAGCUCUUUCUCGACUGCAACGCCCUCGUCCGCCACCCACUUCGCUCAGCCCGUGGCCCAAUCCUCGGCACAGAACGCAAACUUCAACAAUCUCCUCUCCACCACUUCCCCACCCCCCAGUAGCACCGGCACGCCGUCCGCAGUCUCCGCCUUCUCCCCUCCAUCGCAAGCACGGCCGGCUCAGCCUACAGGUUAUCAGCCCACUGGCCCCAACUACUUCACCUCGGUCCAAGUCCAACCCACGCCGACCGCAGGUACUCCAGGCUCCAGCGUGACCUCCCCAGCCGCAGGCAGCCAGCCCGGGAAGAAGGCCGGAGGCGACGCCUUUGCUUCUUUGCUUUCGGGUAGCGGCGUCAAGAAGACGAACUCGCCCGCGCAGAAGGGCUUGACCAUGGCGGAUAUGGCGAAGAUGAAGAGUCAGCAGGGUUUGUAUGGAGCCAACGCGGCACCCAUUCCGGGCCAGCCUCCGGCUGCUGGCAGCGCGCCGAAGAAGAGUACGGGCAGUGGUGGGUUGGAUGAUUUGCUUGGGUAGGCAUGUGGCUAUCUGGACUGUUGUGCGGUGCUUCUUGGGCACCAAUUUUUACUCGUGAUUAGAUUGAUAUUUCAUGAUAGAGAGCAAGCGAAGAGGUGAACGUUGAUGCAUGAGCCUGCAGCCCGGCCUUACGCUGAAUCGAGACAUCGAGUGGGUACGAAUGGUCAAUGAGAAGAUGUCUUUGAUUAAAUCUACAUAUCUGGAUCCUAGAAUUCGAUGUUGUAUCU